UUUUCAGUUAUCCGUUUUGGCCACAGCAGUAGACUUCCAUGAAUCUGGAAAAACUCAAAAUUGUUGAAAUUUAAAAAAUCAUCAGUUUUUCUGAGGACACCCACGUCUUCCUUUGGUUAUCAUCUAGCAACACCAACAUGCAUUUGAUGUGCGAGCGAUUGUCUGCGGUUUUUGCGGGCGUCCUAGUGGGUUUGUGGUACGGUAAGACCUUUUCCGAGGACGAAAAGCCCAAGGAGAAGGGCAAGGAUAAGAAGAAGUAGACCGACCCCCACAGCUUCUUUCUACACUCGCAAGACUGGCAGAAACCAAUUCGAUCUUCUUAGUCGAGUUGGAAAACUUCGAGCCAGUUCAACGUUCUGUCAACGCGGCAGCUCAGACAUAGCUCAGUAUUUAUUUGGCUUUGCAAUCAGUAUAUCAGACUUUCGACGUACACAAAAUUUAUACCGUGUUUGUUUUUAAUUUAACAUCCAUCAGACAGCGACUCCAGUUUCGGUCUAAAUUGAGGCAAAUCCUGUCGAGCUUUUGCAGCCAUGCCCUGUUGUAAGCGUACCGAGGUCCGCAGGGUGUGCCGGCCGAUGCCGUCGCUCCUUGCCAGGCUCAACUGUACACCGUGCAACCGCGUCCUGUUCUUCGUCAUCGGGGUGGGACUGGGCGUGCUCUUCGUGCGCAACAAGGACGACAAGUCGGGCGGCAAAAAGAAGGACGAAGGCAAGGCCAAGAAGUAGGACUGACCGAUCGGCCAUGCCCGGCGGUAUUAGCAAUCAUCCAAGCCUGGCACUAGCCAAGUGAACCUGGACUCAUCACCCAUGAAGUAACCCAUCCGCUUGCAGCGUUAGCCAGGGAAGACAAAAUGCCAUUCGAUAAGUUUGUCCGCCGAUGAAUGGAAUGGAGAGGAAAUUUCUCAGUCGAUAAAUUUAUCUAAGGAGCAAUUUGUCAAUCGAACAAUUAACUGCUACAUUUAAAACAGGUUUAUUCGAUUGAUCUAUUCUCUAUUAUUCUAUAUUCCUCUGUUGAAAAUGCUAUAAAAUUGGUGCUGUACAA